AUACGUUUAAAUUAAGGCGUUCAUCUAAGAAAAUCGCGUGAGAUUGUACCCAUUUUACGACUCUCACCAUGUCGACCAGUCCAAAACCGGUUAAGAAGGUACCGAUUCACUUGCAGAGCGCUGCCAAUCGUGUUUACAUCAAGAAUGGCGAGAUCGUCAACCAUGAUAAAUCGUUCAAGGCGGACGUCUACAUUGAGGAUGGAAUUAUCAAGUUUGUGGGACCCCCUUCGGAGAUUACGAUACCCGGCGGCGUGCGUACUAUUGACGCCAGUGGACUCCUAAUCAUACCCGGUGGCAUCGAUCCCCAUACGCACAUGCAGCUGCCUUUCGGCGGGGCUGUGGCUGUCGAUGAUUUCUAUAGUGGAACCAAGGCAGCCGUUGCUGGGGGCACUACCAUGAUAAUCGACUUUGUGCUACCCAAUAAACAUGAAUCGAUGAUUGAGGCCUACGACAAGUGGCGCAGCUGGGCCGAUCCCAAGGUCUGUUGCGACUAUGGCCUCCACGUGGGCAUCACCUGGUGGUCCAAGUCGGUCUCCGAGGAGCUGGGUAUUCUGUGCAAAGAGCUGGGUGUCAAUUCCUUCAAAACAUUCAUGGCCUACAAGGGUCUCUAUCAGCUAAACGAUUCAGACCUGUUGGAUGUGUUUGAGCGUAUUCGCCAGUUGAAUGGCGUGGCUAUGGUGCAUGCGGAAAACGGCGACAUUAUCGCAAAGAAUACGCAACGUCUGCUGGCCGAAGGCAUUAAUGGACCGGAAGGCCAUGAACUUUCGCGACCAGAGGAGGUGGAGGCCGAGGCGGUGCAUCGCGCCUGCGUUCUGGCCCACCAGUCCGAUUGCCCGCUGUAUGUGGUUCAUGUGAUGAGCAAAUCGGCGGGCAUUGAGCUGGCCAGAGCCCGUCAGCGGUAUAGAGGCCGAUACAUAAUGGGAGAGACCCUGGCCGCCGCUUUGGGUACUGAUGCCACAUGUUGCUUCCAUAUGGGCUUCGAACAUGAGGCGGCGCAUGUGCUCAGCCCACCAUUGAGGCCCGAUCCGACGACACGAGAAUUCUUGAUGAAGCUCCUGGCGAACGAUGAUCUGCAGCUGACGGGCAGCGACAACUGCACGUUCAACAAGGAGCACAAGGCAAAGGGAAAGGGAGACUUCACCAAGAUACCGAAUGGCGUCAAUGGUGUGGAGGAUCGCAUGUCCUUGGUGUGGGAGAAGGGUGUGCAGGCGGGACUACUCGAUCCCUGCCGUUUUGUGGCCGUGACCAGCACGAAUGCGGCCAAGAUCUUCAACAUUUAUCCCCAAAAGGGACGCAUUGCUGUUGGAUCGGAUGCGGAUAUUGUGAUCUGGAAUCCGAAUGCCACGCGUACCAUUUCGAAGGACACGCACCAUCAGGCCUGUGACUUUAAUAUCUUUGAGGGCAUGACCGUUCACGGUGUCUGCGAGUUUGUGCUAGUGCGAGGCCGCAUCUGUGCCGAACGGGGACAGGUGCGUGUGGCGGAGGGCUUUGGCCGUUUCAUCCCUACUCCAGUGCGUCCGCCUUUUGUCUAUGACAUUAUCGAGGGCAAAGUGCAGUCGGCGGUGCAGGAGGACCAUCCCGAGGAGCGGCAGAAUGGUGGCGGCAACAGUGUGGCCAAGAAGUUUGCCGAACUGGACAUCCAGAUACCCAUUCAAGAGCCAAUUAGCGCCAUGCUGGCUGGCAACUUGGCCAUGCCAGCGGAGGGUUCGAUGUGCAGCACGCCCUCGGUGCGUGGGCGUGUCGAUGGCAAGCACGAUAUGCAACAGUCAUCCUUUUCGAUCAGCGAGGAACUUGAUAGAGGUGGCGUGAGGGCCUGCAUCAAGGUGAAGAACCCACCUGGCGGCAAGUCUUCCGGCUUCUGGUAAAUGCCUCCAUUGGCAUCGAAUCGCACAAUACAUCAUGACACCGGGCAGACAGCACUGAAAGCCAAAAUCUGUUUGCUCCCAUGCUCAUUCAAUAAAUAAGCUCUGGCAUUUAAUAUACAGAUCCCGAAAAUCAUAAAUCGUAAUCUAACCAAA